AUGACGUCAUCAGGUGGCGCCGCCACCCGUCUGACAGCGAUGUGAGCUUCUCAUUGUGUUCAGCACUGCGGAAGGUGGCGAGUGACUUGGCGAUUAACGCAGGCAGUAUGGCGACUCCGGCCCAAACUGGAGAUUUGGUUACCGAGGGGACAAUGACUGCGUCUCAAAGGAGAGCUGAGAUCCGACGGCGGAAGCUGAUGAAUAAUUCCGAGGAGAGGAUGAACAGGAUAAUGGGGAUCCACAAGCCGGCCGGCAGCGAAGAACUCCGAAUGGAACAGCUUGAUAUACCAAACUCUCUCCCAUUGCAGUCAUCUUUGACCAAGAGAGGGACCAUUAUUGUUGGAGAUAAUGGCACACCAAGUGAUCACUCAUGCGGCAGUGCGGAUGGUAUGGAGUCGCACACAGUGGAAAGAACAGACUCGAGCAACAACUCUGAGUCCAAGAAAGACAGUAAUGGCCUGAGGAACAGAACAGACCUGACCUUAGAGUCCACACCACGAGGCCUGAACCAAUACAUAUCUAGAUUUGAUGAAGCCAUGAAACUUAGGAAUCAGCUCAGUAAUGAAAAGCCAGCGCCAGAAAAUGGUAGUGGAGUGGAAGAAUUGGACUCUUUUCGCAUUUUUCGGCUUGCCGGAAGUGCCCUUCUGGCUUUGACUGUUAGGCUGUUUGUGUGCAAGUAUCUGUCAAUAUUUGCUCCAUUCCUUACAUUACAACUUGCAUUCAUGGGACUGUCAAAGUAUUUUCCGAAGGGCGAGAAGAAAACUAAAACAACGGUCCUCACUGCAGCUCUUCUUUUGUCUGGAAUACCUUCUGAGGUUAUAAGUCGUUCUUUGGAUACAUAUGGCAAGAUGGUGGAUGUUUUUACUGACCUCUGUGUUUAUUUCUUUACCUUUAUCUUCUGUCAUGAAGUACUUUUAUUUUUUGGUGCAGAAGAUCAAUGAUUUAUUAAUUAUUAUUAUUAUUUUUUUUUUUUUUCAAAAGACUAUAUUUCUGUCCAGGAUGAUUAAUUCUUAUAUAUUGAUUCCGAAUAAAUUAUCAUCAGUAACAAAACUGAGUAAUAAGAGUAUGUGUAUGUAUAUUUAUAU